CCACCCCCUCCUGCCACCACUCCCUCCGCCUCGGGCUCGGGGUGUGAGGCUGCCGGGGCCCGCGGGAUCUGGAGUGAGUCCACUUCUCCGGGUUUUCCUGGCAGCUCGAGGAGGAGCGAGGGAGGCUGUCAAGUGCGGGCGAGCAGAGCAUGUCUUUUUAUUCAGAUUGGGAUCUUUUCCGACCUCUAAAAAUGAGUCUUAGUGUCCUUCUAAAUUGUUGAUCAGCGAUUAUAUCAGUAUUGCCGGCAGAAUCUACAAAAAAAUGAAGAUUUUCACUGCUUUAAGAAAUGAAAAUACUCAAGUUGGAUGAAACCAACCAGAGAUGGAAAUAUUAUCAGCCUAAUUUGGCUGAUUAUCAUUCUAGUGCUCCAGGUGGAAAUACAUGGACACAGCCCAGGAAAAGUCCUUGAUACUCCUCCUUCUAUCAGCAUUCACUUCAGGGAGAUCUCACUCCUACUACAGGACUUCUUUGGGCUUCUGGUGGAGUAGACAUUAAAUAUAAUUAAAGUGCAAGAAAAUUCACAAGUGUUAUAACCUGGAGAAGGUUUGAGAAGCACAGAAGAGCUUAGUGAAGCACCUCCAAGAUGAGAGUCACUGUGCUAGCCACAACCCUAUUGAAGACCAACCAUAACAUUAUCUGGCAAUUCAAGACCCUCAACUUGAAGUUCUUCAGCAGAAACUCUGAAAAGCUCUUACAUCCAGAGGGCAUGGCCUGAGGCUUCACAGAAAAUCUGAACAGAGGAGGAACCAUUCACGGAAGCUCUGCAUUUUGCCUCGGGAUAGGCUGGAGGAUUAAACUGCAUUAGAAGCUGCAUGCCAGGGAAAUGUGUUGGUAUAAUAGGCCACGUGUCCAAGAUGGCGUCUUCCUGCCACUGUGGACAUGUGGCAGCAAGACUAUAGGCCAGGUUCCAAAUCACGAAGACAACAGAAAACACUACAGGAGAUGCUCCCAGAGCUGCCGAGAUGGCCCAGCACGUCACCAGACAAGCCACACUCAAAACAGCACCUGCAGCAGCCAAAUGACUCGACAAACGGCCAGACUCAUGCAGCUCAGAUCCUCACGGGAGGCAGCAUGUCCAGUUUCACUUUGAGGAAAACACCUCCCACAGCUAAUGAUAUGAAGAGUACCACUCGGGGGACCACACUGAGGCAGCAGGGUUUUUACGAGUUGAACAAAAGAAGAGCCUUUUUACAGGAUAACAGCUGGAUAAAGAAGCUUCCUGAAGAAGAACGCGAUGAAAAUUAUGGUAGGGUGGUGCUCAACCGACAUAAUUCCCAUGAUGCUUUGGACAGGAAAACAAAUGGGCUAGAUGAGCCAAAAGCCACACUUAGUCGGUACAGAUCUGAUGACACUUUGGACAGGAUCUCAGACAGAAAUGAUGCUGUUAAAACAUAUAAGGCCAAUACCUUGGAUAACCGACUAACUAAUAGAAGUUUGUCCACGUUCAAAUCACCAGAAACAACAAAAAAGCAACCUGGAGGUUUGCUCAGUACAAACACCACCAACACUUCUACCUCUGCUACAACUCCUGUAAAGAAAAAGAGACAGUCCUGGUUUCCUCCACCCCCUCCAGGCUACAAUGCCACCCCAAGCACAGGAGCAAUCAGAAGGGAGCCAGCUGUUCACCCUCCAAUACCUCCAAAGCCCAGUUCUCCUGUUACAUCUCCUCACCUGCUGAGACAGGAUAAUAGGCAGAUACGUCCUCCUAAACCAGGUGCUUAUAUAGAAACCAACAGAUCUGCUGAAAGAAAUCUAAGGAGUCAGGAUCUUGAGAACAUUGUAAAAGUAGCCUCUUCACUUAAGAAGACUGACAAGGGUGAAGAAUUGGAUAAUAUAAUAAUGAUGAAUAAAAGCUUGAGUAGAAAUCAAGGUCUUGAUGGUCUCUUCAGAGCAAAUCCUAAGACAGAGCAAACAGAGAAAAGAGCCAAAAGCCUUGAGAAUCUCAUCUUGUUGAAUUACCGGAUGGACAAAGAUGGAAAAGGAAAUCAAACUCUCAGCAGUUUCAUUAGAGAAAAUCCCAGAACAAUCAAGAAUGACAAAGGAAACCAAGACCUUGGAAAUCUUAUUAAAGUUAACCAAAGGACUGACAAGGAUGAGAAAGGAAAACAAGACCUCAAUGGACAUAUUAAAGUGAAUCCUGAAAUAAACAAAAAUAUCAAGAGGGGUAAGAGCCUUGAAAAUCUCAUCAAAGUGACCCCUGAAGUAAGCAGAAAUGACUCAGGUUCCAAAGACCUUGAUAACCUCAUCAAAAUGAAUCCAAGACCAGGAAAGAGUAUGCAAGGGAAACAAGACCUGGAAAAUCUCAUCAAAGAAGUCCCCUCAGCCAAAAAACGCAGCGAACAAGGUCUCAAUGAACUUAUCAGUGUAAGCCCCAAAGCUGUAAAAAAGAUGACUGGAAAUCAAGAGCUUGACAAACUCAUCAAAGUGAAUCCUGAAAUUCUCACCAAUAACCAAAGAAACCAGGAUCUUGAUUACUUCAUCAAAGUGAAUCCUGCAGUCAUCAGAAGCAAUCAGAGCCAAGAUUUAGACAAUCUUACUGAAGUGAGAUCGUCAGCUGUCAGAAAUACUAAGCGAAACCAGGACCUAGAAAAUGUAAUUGAAAUAAAUUCUAAUGUGUCUAAACAUAAGAAUGGACGGCAAGAAGGCCAUGUCAAAGGACCCAAUGAUGCUGUCAACAACCAGCCUACUAGAACAACUGCAUAUUCUUAUGAGACCAAAAAGAAUCUCAGCUCCAAUACUGAAACCAGGAAUGCAGGACCAAAGGAUACUGUAGUGUACACAAGGACUUAUGUGGAGAAUAGUAAAUCACCAAAGGUUGGCUUUCAGGAGAAUGUUUCUGGAAAAUACAUACAGACUGUUUAUUCAACCUCAGAUAGGUCUGUCAUUGAAAGAGAUAUGUGCACUUACUGCCGAAAACCCUUGGGCACAGAAACAAAAAUGAUUUUAGAUGAAUUACAAAUUUGCUGCCAUUCCACUUGCUUCAAGUGUGAAAUAUGUAAGCAACCUUUGGAAAACCUACAAGCAGGUGACAGCAUAUGGAUUUAUAGACAGACAAUACACUGUGAACCUUGCUACUCCAAAGUUCUAGCAAAGUGGAUUCAAUAAUUCUGCCACAUGGAAAUCAAGAUGAAAGCAUUCACUAAGGAAUUAAAAAUUAUUUUAAGAAAGUGUAAUCUAGAAAAGCUUUUACACUGAAGAUUGACUCAUACAAUUAAGAAUUCUGCCAUUACAUAAAUAAUCUAAUUGCCUUCAAAAGGUCAUAUACAUAAAGGAAUUAUCUAGUAUUCAAGUAGAUUUAGUGAUCAAAAAUCCAAAUGUUUCUAGGUACCAAGUGUCAAAGGGUGAUACUUCUGCUGGCAGUGAGCACUGUCAACUCUAACCAGGUCCAGCCCUUCUCCACCUUAGUUAUGCAUCACGGUUUCCAUGACAGAAAAGUUUCUCAUUUUCUCACCUGUAUUUCCCUAAGAAUUUGGAUUUACAGAUAUUAAUGACUCCUGAAAAACUGUCAAGGAGACAAGAUAUGUUUCCUUUAUGUACAAAAGAAAUGAUACUAGAAUUUUUCUUGUAAAGUUUGCCAGAAAGAUCUUAAUAUACAAAGUUGAAUGGGUCUCAGAAAAUCACUUAAACUUUCCAUAUCUCUGUGUCAUUACCUGCAACAUGAAGGACAUUGAACAAAAUUAUUUCUAAAGUCCCAUUGGUUUCCAAAUUCUCUGAUUCUAAAACAAGUUUUUGUUUGCCCUUUUGAAAGAUCCCUGAACGUGUAUUUGUUGAGCCUAUUGAAGUAAAGAGGACGUUGAAACACUUUAGAAUCAUCCUUCAGUUUAUCACAGAUAAAUGUUUAUAGAAUUUGUUUUGAAAACAUAAAAACAUGGAUUUAUGGGUAGUGGGUAAAAUCUGACAUGCAUAGUUUGUAUAUAAUUUGUUAAAUUACUCUUUGCAUGCAUUUCAAAAUGUGGGUAUACAAAUCAUCUAUGAGAAAUAAUGGUUAUGGACUACAGUCAUAUUCUUUAGCAUGUUACAUCUAUCCAUAUUACAUAGCACUUUAGGUUUACAGAACUCUGAUAAAAAAUAAAGUGAAAUAUCAUGCACACAAAAUCUUUUUUUGGAAUGUCUAUGAAUAUCAUUCACUAACAUUGAUUUAGUCAAUUAUACUGAUCACAAUUUAUUAUAUUCUAUAUCAUGCUGGUUAACUUAAUUUUUUAACUGUUCAAGCUGUAGCUUUUAUUUUUAAACCAUUCUUAAAGAAUUGAAAAUUUCAUAGUCAUGUGUGAAGAGCUAGUAUUAUGAAAAUCGAGAAAUUAAACUUACAAACUUUAAUAUGCACACAGCUACUGCAUCUUGAGGGGAGGCAUGUGGAACAUUGAGAGGGGAUAGAAUUCCAGGAUUGUCUAAGGUAUUUGUGAAAAGCUGACAAAAACUAGGGAGAUUAUAAGAUAAUCAUGUGUUUUCUAAAUGUUGAUAAAUUUAAAGAAUUUUUCUCAGUAUAGCAAUUUUAAGCAUUUGUCCCUUUUAGAGACUGGCCCACAAAGUGUUAAACACAAAAUACUUGUCAAAAUACAGCAGUGCAUAAUUGUUGUCCUAAGGAGAGGAAGCCAAAAAAAACAAUUAAUAAUAAUUUGUUAUUCAUUAAUUCAUGCUUGAUGAGAAGCAGUGGUAAUUGAGCCAUAUGUUUUAUUGUUCUUUUAUUACAUGCUAUCAGAGUGGAUCAAAAGAAAUAAUUUUCUUAGAGUUGGAAUUCAAGGCAGAAAAGGAUGGAUAGAAAAGUAACCCUUUUAUAUGAAGUAUAUUAACAUCUCAAUGCCUUUGUAGUAAUUAAAAAAUCAUUUGAAUGUCAUUUUCUAAGUAUCCUACUUUUUAAUGCUUCAUUAAAAAAACUAAAAGGGACUUAUUUCUCACUUUUUUGUAACUAUUUUAUGGACCCUUUCUUCUACAAUAAUGUAUUAAAUUAAACCAAAAGCUGUUGUAAAAUUGAAUAAAUAUGGAGUGGAAGGAGAAAGGCCUCUGAUUUACCAAGUCUCUUCAUUAUGUCUGAGUUUAUUCAUACCAUAGAAAUAACAGAUUCCUAAAACA